AUAUAAUGGCGGUAUAAUAAAUUAUAUAAUGUGUACAUAAAAUAUUGUUUAUGAACAUAUCGUUUAUUGGUCAGAGUGGGGCACUUUUUUUAUAUAUUGGAUUUACAAAUUUUUAAUUCGGCGAUGAAAAAUCUUGAAUAUUAUCGAUUUAUGCAACAGGUGGAUGAUAUAUUUAACCUUUUUGUAAAUUAUUGAUUUUUAAGUUUUUUUUAAUUCAAUAGCAAUCGCAUAUUUGAAAAUACUCGAUCUUAUCGACUUUUUUUUUAACCGCUUUGCCAACUUCAUAUUUAUUCCGUGAGCCUGAAGUGUUUUGAUUUAUUCAUUUUGUAAAUUUUGAUAAAAUUAAUAGCAGAAUUAUAUAAUUUCUGUAUAUUUAUUUCUGUUGCAAUCAAACUUUCAUCCACGAAAACUAUAAAUUUUAAUAUUAGUGAAUUAUGCGACGAAUAUUUUUCAAGAGAAAAGUAGAAAAAAGAGGCUUUCAGAUUUCGCUAUAUUUCGCUAAUAUUUCUUUUAAUCCUAAUCUUAUUAAACUGUAUGAAAAAACGAUUUGUAAUUACGAUAAUUAUACUGGAUGACUAUUACAUUUGAACGUGAACCACGUGAUUAUGUUUAAAUAAUUAAAUCUCGCGCGAAUCGUUUUUUUUUCCUGGAUGAUGAGGUCAGAAGAUAAAGAAAAAGGAUUUCUUAUUACGCAGAUUUUUGCGUAAGCAAAAUAAUAUCGUUGUAAGAAGUUCUAAUUAGUUCUAAUUAGUGCUUAAUGAAUGUAUAACAUUAGAUUGACUUAAUAUUCAUUAUUCGUAUUCGAUUUCCUGAUUCGAAUCGAAUCAAGUUAGACGAAAACGUUUUUGUUAAUGCAAUUUAUGCAGCGAUAAAAAUAAGUUUUCUUUCUAGCUACAUACGUUAUACUUUUUGCGCAAAUAGGCAAGACGUUAAAGGCAAACGGAGAGGUUUGUAUAAAGUAUAAAAAGUUCAACUACAAAAAAAACAAACAUAUUAGAUCUAUUGCGUUCUAUUUGCGUUACAUCUUUUGCACUUAAAAUAAAAUAGAUAUGUAAUUAGACGUUGAGGAAGGGUGGGGGAGAGGGAGACGAGAUAAAAAGUGUACGAAGCUAGCUGUAAAAAGAAUAAAAAUGAACAUAUUACAAGUCUCGGGCAUAUAUUUCCUUAGGCAUGAAGUAAUAUUACACAUAGUUGGAUGAGUCAUCGUCGCGGUUACCGCUAGUUCAUCAUUAGGCUGCUUCGCGCAAGCGAGUGAGAAGUCCCGGAAGUAGCGAUUUUCGAAAGUCGGACCGCUCGCGCGAUAAAAAGCCCGAGAGGCUAAUGAAUUGGUUCGCACCGAUCUCCUUGCAACUCUUCUCCUAACUUUCUAAGAAUUUUCAAAGAAACGCUAAAUACAAACGCUGAGAGAAAUCGUUGCGUGCGCGGAGUCGAAUUGUCUUGGCGUACAGGUUAUGUCGUUCCAAGGAAAAACUCAGAACGAUUUUGCGGCCACGUGGUGUGGCCUCUUGUCGGUCGCGCGACCUGUCCGUGACAUCGUCCGAAAUUAAUUUGACAGCCGGACGCGCUGACGAGAACGCGAAUCGAGAGAAAUCGUUCGCGAAUUCGGGGGAUUUCUCGCCGAAUCGUGGGACUGGCACGCGCCGUGUCGCGCCAUGACCGCCAUUUUGCUGCCCCCGCACGCCUGACAUGUCUUUCUAAUGUUAUUAUCGACGAACGUCGAAAUUUUGCGCGUGAGACCGCUUCGAGUGUGUCGUCCGUGGUGAGCGAGUCCGCGCACGAAGGGAGGAAGCUCGCGCCGUAACCGAUCCUGCAGGACGUCGCCUCAACAUCGUCGCCUUUGUCCGGAAACGAUCAUCCAGUGUCAUUCCAACCUCACCUCCGUGGUUCUACGGCCCCUGUGUCAAGAACGAGCUGGUGGCAGGAUCGCCCACGAACGCGAGGUGAUCAUAAUUCUGCGAGCCAUCCCGGACGUUAUGCCGCGAGACUCGGCCCAGGUGCGCUUUCGGCCGCGUCGUUGAGACCGCGCCGCAUCCCGCACACCGUGUCCCGCCGCGCCUCGACGUGACGUGAGCGAACCUAACCAAGAAGACGCAGGCAAACAAGCAGGCAGACAGGAGGAUCGUCGAGCGCGCGCCUAUGCCAACGGCGGGGAGAUCGCGCUCCGGUGAUAUGGAUCUGUUCCUGGCCGCGGGAUCGUCGAAACCCGCCACUACGGCAGUGCGCACCGACCCGACGUCCGCCCGACGCGCGACGACAACAACGACCACGACGCAGCAACAGCAGAAGCAGCAGCAGUUGCUUGGACAUGUAUAGGGCAUGCUUGGUGUAGACUACUAUGCGAGGUGGAACGGAUCUGGGCAGAAGCAGCAAUCAAUGAAGGUCCCUAUUUCCGAAAACUCAAACAUGGACAAUAAAUUGAAGUUUUCGGACCGCUUGAAGGCUCUGCUGAAAACCGAGGCACAUCAAGAUGUUGAUCCGUACAUUUUUAGUGAACCGGAACCAUUUGCCACGGCGGCUGGGAGAAAUGCCACGGUGGUUCCACCUACGAGUUCCGAAACGAUGCAAAGUUGUAAGAAUAAUAGGUCAAAGGGGAAAUACGUGAAACAGAGGAUACGGGUAGCGCCUGUGCCAGCCGCGAGCUAUAAGACCAAUGCCACAGCAGAGACGAGAGUCGAGGACGGCAUUGGAGAAAACCUGGAUCACAAAUUUUCUAAAUUAGUUCAGCGUAAGCAACGACACAUCGAGAAUUUGCGAAGAUUAAGAUCCAGGAGGCAAAGCCGGGACCAUACUCUGUUGUAUUAUCCGAGAGCCGGGGAUGAGAUAUCCGACAGCGAUUCGAGUGGAGAUGAGAUGACGAUCUAUCAGCAUCAUUGGUUUUCCGGCGAGUCUAUGACGACGCUGAAUCGCGCGGCUCGACUGUCUCAGGUGCGCUCGCAAUUACAACGACAAUUACUUCAGUUGCGUAUCGACGGAGCUGACGCUGAGGCUGUGCUGCGGCACAGAGUUAAAUGUUUACUGGAGGCCGCUUCCAAAGAUCCCGCUUCUACUGCGCGAGCUUUGAGCGACUCUCCAAGUACUAGCAAGGUACUCGACGGACCCCUAUUGGUCGGCGGGCCAUGCGGGGCGGAAGGAUGCCAACAGACAUCUCUGCCUUGCACCCGGCAUUGUUCCCGCCACAUUAUGUUAAAUGGAGAUCAGCUUUUAUUUGAGCAUUGCACUGCCAAGUUUAGUGACAACACACAGUGUUGUGUUCCUGUGUUUGAUGUCGCGCACGAAUUACCUCUCUGUCCGGAACAUGCGAGGAAAAGGGACAAUUAUCAUCGUAAAAUCCAAGAAUCUAAACCAAAGAAAGCUCGUAAAAAACCAGUCUCCCCCACUAUUCUGGCGAAGCCUAAGCCCAAGUCUAAGCCGAAGAAGCGCAAACGGCCGCCUUCGAGUAAGAUAGAGACUACUAAGAGUGCUGCGUUGAUGCAUGAGGAAAGUCAUUAUAUGAGCCAAAUAAAUUGUGAAAACCAUACCAAGCUGUUGAACAAUUUGAAUGUUCCGCAAGGAAGUUCAAAUUCGUCCAACUUGAAUCUAGGAUUAGGAUUGGGCUCUCUCGGUCUGACCGGAGGACUCAAAGUCGAGCUUGGAGAUAACGAAGUAUUCGCUUCCUUGGAUUCCGCCGAGCAUGAUUUUGGCAAUGUGCUCAACAACUUACCCCCGGAUGCUUUUAAUGACUUAUUCAUCGAGGGUAGAAAUGGAGAUUACGAGCCAUCGAGAGAAGAGGAGGAAGAAUUGCAACGGGCUUUGGAAGAAGUUGAUAAAGAUGUACGAAACUUGGAGAGGAUGGGGCAGACGCAUGGACUUUUAGAGCCGGCUUUGCUCGCCCAGCUUAUGUCGGACAUUGCCUCGUAGCCCCACCAAUCCUAACAUAAUAAUUUUCGGAAAGGAAUUCGUGCGUGUUCCUUGUAACGUAGAAAAAAAAUACUGUUUGUGUCUGUGCUGCUAAACGUAAGAUUGCGUUAUAGACUGUUAUUACGUAGCCACGCAAGUCCGAGAUAAUGGCAGGGAUUGACAUACAGAAAGUAACAAAAGAAAAAAAGAAAAGAAUAAAAAAACCAAUAGCAAAUUUAUGAAUUUAAUAUAAACAGCAUCGGGUACAAUAUCACAGGUAGGUUUAUGUCAAACGAGUAGCAAUGUAUAAAAAAAAGAACAAAAAA